AUGAAACCUUUCACCAUUUGUCACUAUCAAAAUUUCAUUUCUUUCCCUUCUUUUCUUCCUUUUCUUUACUUCCUUAAAUGGUUCGUCCUUUCUUUCUUUCUUUCUUUCUUUCUUUCGUUCUUUCUUAAUUUUUCUUUCUUUCUUUCUUUCUUUCUUCCUUGCGUGUUUGUCUUCCUUCUUUGUUUUCAAUCUGUCUUUCUUUUUUCUCUUCUGUAUUCCUUCCUUCUUGUUAAUCGUUCUUUCUUUCUUUCUUUUUUCUUUCUCUCUUGUCUCUACCCCUUUCUUAUUUUUAGUCUUUCUUUCUUUCUUUCUUUCUUUCUUUCUUUCUUUCUUUCUUUCUUUCUUGCUUCUCUGACUUCCUUCAUUUCUUCCUUCUUUCUUUUUAUCGUUUUAGUCUUUUUUUUCUUUUUCAUCUUCUUUCUUAAUGUUAUUUUUCCUUUUUUUAAAUAUUUUUCUGCAUUUCUUCAUUCUUUCUUUCUUUCUGUUUUGUUUCUUUUUCAUUUCUUUUUUUCUUUCUUUCCUUCUCUUUUGUUUCUUUUUCAUUUCUUUUUUCUUUCUUUCUUUCUCUUUUGUUUCUUUUUCAUUUCUUUUCUCUUUCUUUCUCUUUUGUUUCUUUUUCAUUUCUUUUUUUCUUUCUUUCCUUCUCUUUUGUUUCUUUUUCAUUUCCUUUUUUCUUUCUUUCUUUUCUUUUUUUGUUUCUUUUUCAUUUCUUUAUUUCUUUCUUUCCUUCUUUUUGUUUUUUUUCAUUUCUUUUUCUUUCUUUCCUUCACUUUUUUUUUUUUUCAUUUCUUUUUUUCUUUAUUUCUCUUUUGUUUCUUUUCAUUUCUUUUUUUUUUUUUUCUUUUGUUUUUUUUCAUUUCUUUUUUUUCUUUCCUUCUCUUUUGUUUUUCUUUUUCAUUUCUUUUUUUUUCUUUCCUUCUCUUUUGUUUUUUUUUUCAUUUUUUUUUUUUUUCUUUCCUUCUUUUUGUUUCUUUUUCAUUUCCUUCUUUCUUUCUUUCUUUCUCUUUUGUUUCUUUUUUUCAUUUUUUUUCUUUCUUUUCCUUCUCUUUUGUUUCUUUUCAUUUUUUUUUCUUUCUUUUCCUUCUCUUUUGUUUCUUUUUCAUUUUCUUUUUUCUUUCUUUCUCUUUUUUUUUUUUUGCAUUUCUUUUUUCUUUCUUUCUCUUUUGUUUUCUUUUUCAUUUCUUUUUUUUCUUUCUUUCCUUCUCUUUUGUUUCUUUUCAUUUUUUUUUUCUUUCUUUCCUUCUCUUUUGUUUCUUUUUUUCAUUUCUUUUUUCUUUCUUUCUCUUUUGUUUCUUUUGCAUUUUUUUUUCUUUUUCUUUCUCUUUUGUUUCUUUUUCAUUUUUUUUUUCUUUCUUUCCUUCUCUUUUGUUUUUUUUCAUUUCCUUUUUUUCUUUCUUUCCUUCUCUUUUGUUUCUUUUUCAUUUCCUUCUUUCUUUCUUUCUUUCUCUUUUGUUUCUUUUUCAUUUUUUUUUCUUUCUUUCCUUCUCUUUUGUUUCUUUUUCAUUUCUUUUUUCUUUCUUUCCUUCUCUUUUGUUUCUUUUUCAUUUCUUUUUUCUUUCUUUCUCUUUUGUUUCUUUUGCAUUUCUUUUUUCUUUCUUUCUCUUUUGUUUCUUUUUCAUUUCUUUUUUUCUUUCUUUCCUUCUCUUUUGUUUCUUUUUCAUUUCCUUUUUCUUUCUUUCUUUCUGUUUUGUUUCUUUUUCAUUUCUUUUUUUCUUUCUUUCCUUCUCUUUUGUUUCUUUUUCAUUUCUUUUUUCUUUCUUUCCUUCUCUUUUGUUUCUUUUUCAUUUCCUUUUUUCUUUCUUUCCUUCUCUUUUGUUUCUUUUCAUUUUUUUUUUUCUUUCUCUUUUGUUUUUUUUCAUUUUUUUUUCUUUCUUUCUCUUUUGUUUCUUUUUCAUUUCUUUUUUUCUUUCUUUCCUUCUCUUUUUGUUUUCUUUUUCAUUUCUUUUUCUUUCUUUCUCUUUUGUUUUUUUUCAUUUCUUUUUUCUUUCUUUCCUUCUCUUUUUUUUCUUUUUUCAUUUUUCUUUUUAUUUCUUUCCUUCUCUUUUGUUUUUUUUCAUUUCCUUUUUUCUUUCUUUCCUUCUCUUUUGUUUCUUCUUCAUUUCCUUUUUUUCUUUCUUUCCUUCUCUUUUGUUUCUUUUCAUUUCCUUUUUCUUUCUUUCUUUUCUCUUUUGUUUCUUUUUCAUUUUUUUUUUUUCUUUCCUUCUCUUUUGUUUUUUUUUUCAUUUCUUUUUUUCUUUCUUUCUUUCUCUUUUUGUUUCUUUUUUUUCAUUUCUUUUUUUCUUUUCUUUCUUUCUCUUUUGUUUUUUUUCAUUUUUUUUUUUCUUUCUUUCUUCUCUUUUGUUUCUUUUUCAUUUUUUUUUCUUUCUUUCUCUUUUGUUUCUUUUUCAUUUUUUUUUUUUUCUUUCCUUCUUUUGUUUCUUUUCAUUUUUUUUCUUUCUUUCCUUCUCUUUUUUUCUUUUUCAUUUUUUUUUAUUUUCUGUCCUUCUCUUUUGUUUCUUUUUCAUUUCCUUUUUUUUCUUUCUUUCUCUUUUGUUUCUUUUUCAUUUCCUUUUUUCUUUCUUUCUUUCUCUUUUGUUUCUUUUUCAUUUCUUUUUUUCUUUCUUUCCUUCUCUUUUGUUUCUUUUUCAUUUCUUUUUUUUCUUUCUUUCCUUCUCUUUUGUUUCUUUUUCAUUUCUUUUUUUUUUCUUUCCUUCUCUUUUGUUUCUUUUUCAUUUCUUUUUUCUUUCUUUCCUUCUCUUUUGUUUCUUUUUCAUUUCUUUUUUCUUUCUUUCCUUCUCUUUUGUUUCUUUUUCAUUUCUUUUUUUUUCUUUCCUUCUCUUUUGUUUCUUUUUCAUUUCUUUUUUCUUUCUUUCUUUUUCUUUUGUUUCUUUUUUUUCUUUUUCUUUUUUUUUCUUUUUUUUUUUUCAUUUUUUUUUUCUUUCUUUCCUUCUCUUUUUUUUCUUUUUUCUUUUUUUUUUCUUUCUUUCCUUCUCUUUUGUUUCUUUUUCAUUUUUUUUCUUUCUUUCCUUCUCUUUUGUUUUUUUUUCAUUUUUUUUUUUCUUUCUUUCUUUCUCUUUUGUUUCUUUUUCAUUUCUUUUUCUUUCCUUCUCUUUUUUGUUUCUUUUCAUUUCUUUUUUCUUUCUUUCCUUCUCUUUUGUUUUUUUUCAUUUUUUUUUUUUCUUUCUUUCCUUCUCUUUUGUUUCUUUUCAUUUCCUUUUUUUUUUUUUUCCUUCUCUUUUGUUUCUUUUUCAUUUCUUUUUUCUUUCUUCUUUCCUUCUCUUUUGUUUUUUUCAUUUCCUUUUUCUUUCUUUCUUUUCUAUUUUGUUUCUUUUCAUUUUUUUUUCUUUCUUUCCUUCUCUUUUGUUUUUUUUCAUUUUUUUUUUCUUUUCUUUCUUUCUCUUUUUUUUCUUUUCAUUUCUUUUUUCUUUCUUUCUCUUUUGUUUCUUUUUCAUUUCUUUUUUCUUUCUUUCCUUCUCUUUUGUUUCUUUUUCAUUUCUUUUUUCUUUCUUUCCUUCUCUUUUAUUUUUCUUUUUCAUUUUUUAA